CCUGUCAGUGGCGCCGAUUUUCCUCAGUGUUUUAUGCUUUUCGCGUUGUAUUUCUCCGCUUUCAUCACCGGGUCCCGUGCGCUGUCAUCCGGGAUCCUCAGAACGUUUUCCAGCGCCUUAUCUGCAGAGAUACACAUCGCGUUCACAGAUACUUUCCCGCCUGCAGGCUGAAGUUGGAAGGGUUUCCCGCGAAAAUUUAAAGCGCGCUCAGUAUUCAUGAGUAGAGUGUGACAGACUCCGCCACCUCUCCUUCUCCGUGUCCGGACGCCUGUCAAGAUGCCUGCUCUGAAGAAGCUGAUGCGGUAUGGACAUCCCGAGGGUCACACAGAUGUCUGUUUUGAUGACGGUGGAAGCUGUUUGGUAACUUGUGGCAGUGAUGGGGACAUAAGGAUUUGGGAAAAUAUAGAUGACGAUGAUCCCAAAUCAAUAAAUAUUGGAGAAAAGGCGUAUUCAUUUGCUCUAAAGAAUGGAAAAGUUGUUACUGCCUCUUCCAACAAUUCGAUACAGUUACACACAUAUCCAGAUGGGGACCCCGAUGCAAUUUUGACCCGUUUCACUACCUAUGCUAAUCACGUAGUCUUCAAUGGUGACGGUACAAGUAUAGCUGCAGGCUCAGGGGAUUUCCUGGUGAAAGUUGUGAAUGUGCAAGACAGCAGCCAGCAGACAACCAUGCGCGGACACGAUGCCCCAAUCUUAAGUGUCUCGUUUGAUCCCAAAAAUGUUUACCUGGCAUCUUCAAGCUGUGACGGCACUGUAAGAAUUUGGAAUAUCACGCAGCAGAGUUGUGAAUCAAAUCUUGCCCUGCUACAGAAAUGCAACGAUGUUGUCAAUGCAAAGUCCAUCUGCCGGCUGGAGUGGCAACCGAAAAGUGGAAAGUUACUUGCAGUACCAGUAGACAAAAUGGUUCAUUUAUAUGAACGAGACACCUGGAAGAAGAGCUUUACUCUCACAGAUGACUUUAUAGUGCAGCCUUUGAACGUGGUGACGUGGUCUCCCUGUGGACAGUAUCUUAUAGCAGCGAGCGUGGAUGGUGUUAUAGUAGCCUGGAACAUAACUACCAAAGCCUGCAUGGAAAGGAUCAAACAUGAAAAGGGUUACACCAUUUGCGCGUUGGCCUGGCACCCAAGACUGUCUCAGGUUGCCUACACAGACACAGAAGGGAACUUGGGUCUGCUAGAAAACGUCUGCCAAAGCGAUGGAAAGACAUUGGAAACCAAGGUCCCCAGUGCUGCAGCUAAGGAUUAUGAUGAGCUCUUUGAUGGGGACGACGAUGAUGAAGACUUUCUCAACGGAGACAUGAUUGAUCAUGAGGGGGCAGCUGUUAAUGAUGAGGACGAGGACAACCUCAUGCCUGUGUCUGGACGUAUUAGGAACAGAGGGGUGAUAUUAGAUGAUGAUAAUUCUCUUGAUGUUCCAUCUUUGAAGCCUAGUGAAAGCGAGAAUCCAGAGGAUGAUGAUCUGACCAGCAGCCUCAGGCAGAUUCCUUCUAGUGUUCCCUUAAGGCCGUCCUAUGAUGGGCCCUUGCCAACCGCCCCACAGAAACCUUUCCAGCCUGGGUCUACUCCCUCGCACCUUACGCAUCGCUUUAUGAUGUGGAACUCGAUUGGAGUUAUUCGUUGUUACAACGAUGAACAGGACAGCGCUAUAGAUGUGGAAUUUCAUGACACGUCAAUACACCAUGCUCUCCACCUAACGAACACGUUAAACCAUACGAUAGCAGAUCUAUCCCAGGAAGCGGUGCUGCUGGCUUGUGAAAGCACAGUUGAGUUGUCUAGCAAACUUCAGUGUCUGCACUUUAGCUCCUGGGAUACCAGCAAAGAAUGGAUAGUGGAUUUGCCCAAAGGUGAAGAUGUUGAGGCUAUAUGCCUUGGGCAAGGGUGGGUGGCGUGUGCCACAAGCACCCAAGUGCUUCGGAUAUUCUCAGUCGGUGGUGUACAGAAGGAAAUCCUAAGCCUUCUUGGUCCGGUCGUUUGCUUGGCGGGUCAUGGAGAACAGCUACUUAUAGUUUAUCACGGAGGGACAGGCUUUGAUGGCAAUCAGUGUCUGGGGGUGCAGCUGCUAGAAGUAGGAAAGAAAAAGCGACAGGUCUUGCAUGGUGACCCUCUGCCUCUUUCAAGAAAAAGUUGCCUUUCCUGGCUUGGGUUCACAGCUGAAGGUACACCGUGCUAUGUUGAUUCUGAGGGUGUUGUGAGACUCCUAAACCGCGGCCUCGGAAAUACGUGGGUUCCUGUAUGUAACACCAGGGAGCACUGCAAGGGGAAGUCGGAUCAUUACUGGGUGGUGGGUGUCCACGAGAGCCCCCAACAAUUGCGAUGUAUUCCCUGCAAAGGUUCACGUUUCCCUCCAACGCUUCCUCGUCCAGCGGUGGCUGUUCUCCCCUUUAAUCUUCCUUACUGUCAAAUUACUACAGAGAAGGGGCAGAUGGAGGAACAAUAUUGGCGGUCUAUUCUCUUCACCAAUCACAUCGACUACUUGUCUAAAAAUGGCUAUGAAUGUAAUGAAAAUGUUAAGACAGAGGCUGAAAAAGAGCAGCAGGAACUGCUAAUGAAGAUGUUUGCAUUAUCUUGCAAACUAGAGCGUGAAUUCCGGUGUAUGGAGCUUGCCGAGUUCAUGACUCAAAAUGUGAUGAACCUGGCUAUUAAGUAUGCCUCGCGCUCCAAGAGACUAACACUGGCCCAGCGGCUCAGUGAAAUGGCUCUAGAGAAGGCAGUCGAGUUGGCGUCUGCAAUGCAACAGGAGGAAGAAGAAGAAGAAGAGGAGGAGGAAGAUUUCCGCAGCCGGCUGAAUGCUGGCUACAGCAGGAGUGCCACCGAGUGGGGAGAAGCACGAGCCGAAUCGAAUGCACCUGAACUGAACGACGAGGAGGAGGAGACCGAACAGCCAGCACCCGAGGGCUCUCCAGAAAUUCCCAAACCGAAUAAGAGCAAAACGCUGAAUCCUUUCAACAAAGUAAAAUCGCCAGAACAAUCUGCAGCAAAAUCUGGGGCAAUAGUACUCGGUAACCAAGGGCGAGUCAACCCUUUUAAGGUGUCGAGCAGUCAGAAAAGUCCCGCAGUUUCUGGCACUUUCUCGCGUUCUGCCAAUAUCUUGGACAACAUGAGUAAAUUUUCUAGGAAGCCAGCACCUGCUGGAAGUCACGUUCCAAAUAAAUCUGAUUCUGCAGUGAUAAAGCCUCUGGUUCCUAAGGCUAAAGCGAAGCAGGGCCAGGUUUCCUUAUUUCAUUCUAUCCAAAUGAAACCCAAGCCCAACAAAAGCGAAGAAAGAGAGGAAAAAUCUGCUUUGAAUUGCUCCUCAAGCCCUGCUGCAGGCAAUGUGGAAAACAAGAAACCUAAAACUGGCUUUCAGCUUUGGCUCGAUGAGAGCCGGGAAAGUAUAUUGUCAGAAAAUCCGGAAUUUGAUGAGUCUGAAAUAAUAAAAGAGGGGAUGAGCAGGUUUCGCACCCUUGCAUCUGAAGAGCGAAUGCUGUGGACUGAGAAGGCCAAAGGAGAUGCUGCUGGCGGAGACGCUGUUGAUGGGAAAAAACGAAAACGUCCAGAACAAGAGGGUCACGAGUUAAAUGGAAGUGUUAAAGGAGGUUCAGAGGACGCCACAGGAGCUUCAAAGAAGCGCAAACCUUUUGCGCAAUCAACAAAUAAACUCUCUGCGUUUGCGUUUAAGAAGGAUUGAGAGAAGGUUUGUGAGGAAGGUCCAUCGUGCUGCAUUAAAUGGAUGUGUAACAUGGAACAGCUAUUUGCUCUAACACGCUUCUCCACCUGUUAACACGCGUUGGUUAUGCUCUGUGCUUUUGGAAAGGUGCUUUAAACCUGGCAUGGAAGCUGACAUCCCUGGCCACAGUCAAACUUGACUACAGAGGAAGUUGGGAAUUUCAUUCGAUAUGUUAAAUGCCACCGCUUAUUAAAACAAUGGGUUCAAUCCAUUCUAGUUGCCUACAGAAUUCCCCCAAAUAUGAUGUUCCAGCUGAUACUAAAGAUGGACAUUGUCUGAGUAUCUGCCUCACGGCUUGGUUAUCUUUUUUUACCCUUGUAAAAUGUUCUCAUAUACGUGUCUGAGGUUCAUGUGUGUAUUUCUUCUACUGUUGUGAGUUUUUUUUUUUCUUCUCUAGAGAAAAUGUAACUGUUGUAAAUAAACUUAAGAAUUG